UCAGAUAUCCCUUAUGAGGAGGUCUUCGUAGAGCCUCGCAAGUAGCGGUCCUAGCAUUCUGUUGAGCGUGCUUUCCUGUUUGGGGAAGCUAAAGAGCGUGGGACAUAGCGCCUUGGCGCGGGAGUUACACUUUCCCACUUCACUCUCUCAUCACAGCAGACCUCAAAUUCGGCAUUCCCGGAAUUGCCGUCAUAAGCGACUACGGAAAGCAUGCAUGGGACGAGUGCCGCGAAUGCGACUACAUGCAGCCGGUCGAAGACAGCCUCAAUGAAGCGAACCCUACCGAUUGCAGCUCAACCUUUGGUAUUACCCAAAACGGAAGGGCAGGAGUGUGUCGAGCACGAGAUUCAAUGCAAGACGUGGACGCACUCAAUGGAGGGUUGGAACACGCGCCAGCCACGGAACGUUCUUCGUAGUCGGCUGCUGCGAAUUCUGCGUGUGACACUAAUGCCUCUUCAUCAUGUGCAAAUUGUCUCAGCCUGCCAUUUGCGCCCACUGCAAAGACUUGCUGGUAUCGUCUUCGGCAAGACUGCCGGAAGCACUGGGGAAUCCGUCCAUCUAGCAGACAGAAAAGUGGAAGGUUAACACUGGCCGCUGUCACCGUACAGCUUUGCCCUGCGUUUGACGUUCUAAGAGCUGUUUCAGCAACCUUCGUCUGUCGACAAUCCUUCGCUCGUAUGUGAGACCGUCAAGAUUCGCCCUUUGAGAUCUGGAGGCGCGUCCAUGUUAAGACUUUGUGCUCU